GCGUCUAGUGCCUGAUGUAUACUGACUGCAUGCAUGCCCUGCUGGAGUGGGGAGAGAGGAGAGAGAGGAGAGAUGGCGGAGGUGAAAGUAAAGCAGGAGAACGUGGAGGCUGGGGAAAUAGAGAACAGGAUCAUAGAGCUGUGUCAGCAGUUUCCUCAUGGAAUCACAGAUCAAGUUAUUCAGAAUGAGAUGCCUCACAUUGAACCCAAGCAGAGGGCCAUGGCUAUCAACAGACUACUGUCAACGGGCCAACUGGACCUGCUGAGAAGUGGCACAGGUCUUCUGUACAGAAUGAAGGAUACUCAGACAGCUGGUAAAAUGAAGGGUUCUGACAAUCAGGAGAAAUUGGUCUACCAGAUUAUAGAAGAUGCUAGCAAUAAAGGUAUAUGGACCAGAGAUAUAAGAUACAAAAGUAAUUUACCACUGACUGAGAUCAACAAAAUUCUAAAGAACCUGGAAAGUAAGAAACUAAUUAAGGCUGUCAAGUCAGUAGCGGCUUCUAAAAAGAAAGUUUACAUGCUGUAUAACAUACAACCUGAUCGAUCUGUGACAGGGGGAGCCUGGUACAGUGACCAAGAUUUUGAAUCUGAAUUUGUAGAAGUGCUAAAUCAGCAAUGUUUUAAAUUCUUACAAACCAAGGCAGAGGCUGCACGGGAUGGCAAACAAAACCCAAUGAUACAGAGAAACAGUUCAUUUGCUUCGUCCCAUGAAGUUUGGAAAUACAUCUGUGAGUUGGGAAUUAGUAAGGUUGAAUUGUCUAUGGAGGAUAUUGAAACCAUCUUAAACACUUUAAUUUAUGAUGGGAAAGUAGAAAUGACCAUAAUUGCAGCAAAGGAAGGAACGGUUGGGAGUGUGGAUGGACAGAUGAAGCUUUAUAGAGGAAUAAACCCUGUUAUACAGCCAGCAGGCUUAGUGCGCACACCUUGUGGCUUGUGCCCGGUGUUUGAUGACUGUCAUGAAGGUGGCGAAAUUUCUCCAUCCAAUUGUGUCUAUAUGACUGAAUGGCUGGAAUUCUAAGUGGUAGUUUCUGCUUUACUCCAAUCUUCUGCCGAAUUCUGCAAUAAAAGUCAGCAUUUCCAACUAUGAGCAGGAAGAUGCACUGAAUGACCUACCUGCGCUGACCAUCUGUAGAUUGAAAUCAAACUCAAAGCAUCGGAGGAGUGGGACCAAAGACAAAUAUUCUACAUCCAUGUUUUUUGCUCUUCGAAAUCUAGGCAUGUUUCAGAACAUGAACGAUUAGAAAUAUAAAUAAUUGCUGAAAUUGCACUGGACGCCCCGGCAUGACAGACUGUAUAAGAUGUACUAAAUAUAUUUAUUGCGGUUAUUUUAGCAUAUUAUGGACUUUAUUUCUGUAAUGUGCGUGAAAUUGACAACUUUUUAAAAGUUUAUGUAACAGGA